GUUUGUUUUGGGGUUAUUGCGUGGUAUUAUGUGGAGGGACGUGUUUGUUAUUGGUUACAAACAAAUUAAUAAUAAUAGUGUGUUAACGGGAUUACUGUGAUCAAUCAUGCACGAUUUGAAUUCAAAAAAUGUUACAGAAGAUCCUAUAAAGAUACCUGGCCAGUCAGAUGAAGUUGUACCACUUACAUCGGUCCAGACAUUUGUCAAAGAAGAGCAGUUUAUAAAUGACCAAGUAGAUGAAGCAGCCAUACUCUCACCGGUCCAGAUAUUCCUCAAAGAAGAGGAAGGUAUACGCGACCAAUUAGAGGAAGUAGUGCCUCUCUCACCGGUCCAGGUAUUUCUCAAAGAAGAAGAGAGUGCGUAUUGUAAGGCAGAAGAGCCUGUGCUGGUUUCACUUGUCCCAGUGCUUCCCAAAGAAGAACACGUGGUUGAUGAAUCGCCGGAGGACUUUGAAGAGGGCAGUGGUCCAUUGGUAAUAAAUCUGGAAAAUUCUUCAUCAGAGGACUGGAGUAACCAUAGCGAUCCACUGGCGAUAGAACAAACUGUGGCAAAUGCAUCGUAUGUCGAAUAUGUGGAAUCCAGCGAACCCGUCCUCGUGGACUUGGGAGCAACUUCCUCAGAAGGCUCUUCGCACCCUUUACGAAUCGCACGAGAGCCCACGAGCGGUGUCGAUAGCGGAGAGCUCUACAAUGUGACGGGGAGUGACGAAGUGGUGCAAAUUUCCGAGAAUGACAAAGCUGCCCCUGACGGGGACACCGACGACGAAUGUGUGGAGAUAACGGAUGUGUCACGUGUGCCGACAAAGAGCUUCCAGUGCGGGUAUUGCAGCCAGUGGUUCCCUACUGAGGGCCAGAUGCAGAUGCACACCCUGACACACACAGGCCGUACCACAAUCUGGCGUGAGGUGCGGGAGGCGAAACAGGUGAAACUCAAACCGAAGCCCGUCUGGACACUGAGGGCACAGCACACCUGCGGAGACUGUGGCGAGGCGUUCGACCGGUUGGAGCACCUCAUGCGGCAUCGCCUCGGCCACAUACGGGCUGCGCUCAGGAAACCAUUCAGCGUGCCGAAACUGUUCGGUGUGCCGAAACCGUCUGGUGUGCCACAACCGCAGCCGCAAGUAUCGGCGACUCCUGAUUCCCGCCACACAGUUGCAGCCGUUUCGACGAGGACGUCGCCAAAGAGAAGUCCUCAGCGAGCUGUGGCAACAUCUCAGUCGAAGAGGUGGGCGCGAAGGAAGAAAACACGCCGUCGGAGGAUUUCAUGAUUGCAGUAGAGGUAGCGAGAUGUGGAACACACGACCAAGGCCGCUGAGCAGGUGUUUUUAUGCACUAAGUCUUAUUUGAGGUGUUAGUCAGCAAUAGCUGACUAACGGACAGAAAAGUUGUUUUGUACAGAAAUAAACAUCAGAAAAUAUUUUAUGAUUACUUCAUUUGUGUUACUGAUUUCAGUGUAACAAUUUAAAGUGGUGAGAAAAAUAUAAAUACUUUUCAAGUCUGA